UUCACGUGGGUAUACUACUGAAAUCCUCUUCUUCAGUUUUUAUAAGAUCGCAAAGAAGAAAUCUAAACUUGGAAUAUCUCAAAAACAAAAGGAAAAAUGGCUCUCAAAAUCUACUGUUUUCGCAUGUCUCAGCCUUCUCGAGCUAUUCUCAUCUUUUGCAAGGUGAACGGAAUUGAUUUUGAGGAGAUCACUGUAGAUUUAACUAAAGGUGAACAUAAAUUGCCAGAAUAUGUUAAAGAAAUAAACCCUUUUGGACAAGUUCCAAGCAUAGUUCAUGGAGAUCUCAAGCUUUUUGAGAGUCAUGCUAUCCUAAGCUACAUUGCUUGUGCAUCCCCAGGUGUCGCCGAUCAUUGGUAUCCAGCUGAUCUAGCCAAAAGGGCUAAGAUUAACUCAGUCUUGGAUUGGCAUCACUCCAAUUUACGUCGUGGUGCAGCACCCUUUUGCCUGCAUACAGUACUAGGACCUCUAUUGGGUAUUCCUACGAGUGCAGAAGCUGCUGCGGAAGCCGAGAAAAUUUUAACCACAUCCCUUUCACAAAUUGAAUCUGUUUGGCUCAAUGAAAAUGGGAAGUUUUUAUUGGGUAAUUCACAACCAUCAAUUGCUGAUCUUAGCCUUGUUUGUGAAAUCAUGCAAUUUGAGAUUUUGCUUGAGGAGGAUCGUGUCCGAGUGUUAACCCCAUUCAAGAAAGUGUUGAAGUGGAUUGAGGAUACAAGAAUUGCUACAAGCCCUCAUUUCGAAGAAGUGCAUAAAGUCUUACUUGGAGCAAAAUCAGCACUACAUAAAGUACCCCUUGAAGAAGACUAUGACUCCAUGUCAAGCAUUAAGGCCAUGCUUAACUGAGAUUAUAAAAACCUUAUUAUUCAAUCCUCGAUGAGUUGAUUUGAAGGCCGGCUGACAAGUAUGAUUGUCAGGAGGGUUCUAAGCAUACUUCUGUCGUUUAAGUCAGUUGGGGUAUGAGGGCAGCUCUAGUUUCACUUGCUCUUGUGCUCAUGGUGUGUUUAAAGGCUUUGUGUUAUGUGUGUAUGUUAAAGCACUUUCUCUUUGAGUUUUGAAAGGAUACAAAUAAAAGUUUCGACAUUGAAAUGCAACAGAUGAUCUAAAUAAGUUAUUGUGUACUUCGAUUUUGAGAUUGUGAAA